GCAGCUGAGACGCGUCCACUCAAGUAAACCCCCAUCCCCACGUUCGGUGGACUUAGAUGGGUGAGACAACUAGUUCCCCAAAUCUUUACCAUUGACAUUGUGCAAGCUCCUUCGUGACCUCAAUGGUACUGUACAAUCACGAAAAAGCAAAAGCGGACACCUACACAUCCCGUGCCAUUUCAAGAUCCUGAUGCACAACAGGUCGUGAAGACGGCCGUCUCUACCUCACCAUGGCGGCCGAGCAGUACCUACACAUCCUGGUGUUGGGUGUGCCCGUAGUCGGCACGCUUCUCCUCGCCAUCCUGUACGCCGUCCUCCACUUCUUCGCACCGAAGCCGCGGCCCGUUCUUCCCUCAGAGAAGUACUACCUGACCUCGACGCCCGAUGGAAAAGGCACCGUAACUCGACAACUACCGUGCUGGCACGACCGAUGGCACGCAGAGCGGCAGGCCAGCGACAAGUCCAACAAGAAUGACCCCGACGGGCAAUACAUACCAGACACGGGCUCCAUCGAACCAGCCGAAGUCAAGAUGAGCAUUGUGAUACCCGCGUACAACGAGGAGAGCCGGAUCCUCGGUCCUCUCAAAGAGGCUGUCGAAUACUUGGAUGCUGCCUUUGGGCGGCCGUCGCAGCCCAACGCGAAAGGCGCCGCUACCAGCCCCCGCACGGCGCGCCCAACGACACCCCGUCGACAUGUUAAGAAUGCGCCCCGGGAAGAUGUUACAGGGUACGAGAUUAUCAUUGUGAAUGACGGCAGCAAGGACAACACUGUACACGUCUGCUUGCAGUUUGCCCGGGAGAAUGGCCUCCACGACAUCAUCCGGGUCGUCAACCUGGAGAAGAACCGAGGCAAGGGCGGCAGCGUGACGCACGGCUUCCGCCACGUCCGCGGGGAAUAUGCCCUCUUUGCGGAUGCGGAUGGUGCCUCCAAGUUCAGCGAUCUGGGCAAAUUGGUCGAGGGCUGCGAGGAGGUCGCAGACAGCAGCUACCGGGGGGUCGCCAUCGGCAGCAGAGGUCACCUUGUGGGGAGCGAGGCGGUUGUUAAGCGCUCCGCUAUGCGCAACUUCCUGAUGCGGUCCUUUCACCUCGUCCUGAUGAUCUUGACCCCGCCGGCGACCUCACGAAUCCGCGACACGCAGUGUGGCUUCAAGCUCUUCUCUCGAGCUGCGUUGCCGCACAUUGUGCCAUAUAUGCACACGGAGGGGUGGAUUUUCGAUAUCGAGAUGCUCAUGCUAGCCGAGUCAGCACCGGCAGUCCCUAUCCUAGGCCACAACGGCAGCGCUAUUGGCAGCAGCCCGGGCAUCAAGGUGGCAGAGGUGCCGAUCGAUUGGCAUGAGGUACCUGGCAGCAAGAUGGACCUGAUUGCGGACAGCAUCAAAAUGGCCAUAGGCCUCGCUGUGUUGCGGGCGAGCUGGAUGCUGGGUGUAUACAGAAGGCGUCUGACAUGACGCAUGAUACGAGGGACGACCCGUAUACAAGAAUCUCACAAGGUCGAAGCAUAUCCGCCUUCUACUACCUAAGUGUUUCGUGAUGCUAGCACGAUAAUCCUGAUGAAGAGCGCAAGCGUUAACAGGGUCGCAGCGUGAGUUCUUGUCUCACUGUAAGACAAGGCCGGAUGUCCAAAGCCAGGCCCUUAGAUCCUUGACAUGUGACAGGACAACAUAGUAGACGUCCUUUGGCGUGGGCCCGCUUAGUUCAAAUGUUCCUAUCGCUGAAAUCCGCGGGUGGCGUUUUGUGGCUGUGGCAGGUCCAAGUCCAGAGAUCUGGCAAACCACAAAUCAGUGUGUUGGCAGGACGUGUCUAGUCUAUUGUGUCAUGACUUUGCAGACAGGACAGGGCAGGAGAAAUGGAUCCGUUCCGAG